AUCUAGUUUAGUAUAGAUAUCUGUGCUACUCUACUUCCAAUGGAAACGGAACAUUAAAUUUGAUCUGUACCGGAGUGAAACCGAAUUGAGGGUUUCGAUGGAAACUAGACCACUGUUACGGCCUACAACUCUCCAUUGUAGAUGGCUCUUUACGCACGUUCCGCACCAUCUGACUUUUCCCUCAGAAUGUCAUAUGGACUAACCAUUCUAGGUCCAGGAGUCAUAUGCUAAACUAAACUUACAAACUGAAGGAAAGAAAGAAGUGAGAAGUAUAUUAUUUCAUAAAAAAAUGAAUCUGCUUGUGAUUUGUCGACUUUCUCAGUUAUCAAGACACUUAUUACCUAUUCAAAAUAUGAUACAAAUAAGAGAUUAUGCCAUACCAGGAAAAGGAGGAAUAAAAAAACUAUCUAAAAAGACACUAUCUGCGACAGAAAAGAAAUUAUUACCUGUAGAAAAAGAUGUUAACAGACUCUUGACUCAUGUAUGCGGUACAAACAUCUAUAAAGAAGAAGGAGAAGAUAUCAAGAUACAAUCUGAUUCUGAAUAUCCUAAUUGGUUAUGGACUCUUAGAACUGGUCCUCCACCAAGUUUAGAAGAAUUAGAUGUUAACACAAAACAAUAUUGGAGAAGAUUGCGAUUACUUGGAUUAAAAAGAAAUAAUAAAGAAAGAGCAACCAGAAAAUUCUAAUUUAUAUUAUAUGUAAAACUUUAGUAUGUGU